AUGUUUCGACUUUUAGUAAUUCCUCUUAUAUUAAUUUUUUGUCUAUUGGAAAGUGCCACCGGCUUGGGGGAAAUAAUCUAUGCUAUAAAUGCGGGCGGUCCAGCCCAUACAGAUAUUUAUGGCAUACAUUAUGAGAAGGAUCCAUUACAAGGAAGAGUAGGCACUGCAUCUGACUAUGGAAAACAGUUAGUGAUGAUAGGAAGGGUCAAUUCCAAAGAUGAAAUCUUAUACCAAACAGAAAGAUACCACCAUAGCACUUUUGGUUAUGAUAUUCCUGCUAAUAGGGAUGGUGACUAUGUUUUAGUGCUUAAGUUUAGUGAAGUCUAUUUUAAUGCACCUAACAUGAAAGUUUUUGACGUUGUUUUGAAUGGAGAUCAUACAAUCGUAGCAGACUUAGAUAUUUUUGGUAAAGUUGGACGAGGUGUAGCACACGAUGAGUAUGUACCAUACUCAAUUAAAAAUGGCAAAUUGUACUUUAAUGAUGAAGAAUCUGAUAUAAGAGGAGGUAAAAUUAAAGUUGAAUUUAUUAAAGGAUACAGAGAUAAUCCAAAGAUCAAUGCCUUAUUUGUUAUGAGAGGUACCAUAGAUGAAGUACCGAAGUUACCACCAAUAGUUUGGCCUGAAACUGAAUCUGAGGAACCAAGAGAAGAAGUAGAAGAAAAAUCUUCAAAAGCUCGCCGUGCAAGUGGUCCUAAAACCCCUGAUCCAUACUCAAUGGAUGAUAACUCGGUGUUAAUUCCUGUGUUCAUUACAAUUGGUGCUUUUAUUCCAUUAUUAUUUUGUCUUUGCAAACUC